CAGAGGAGCAGCAAGAAGACACAAUUGGUAAAAGUUCACAAGACAUAGCUAUUCAGUUUGCACACUUUCUAGGUCCUCUGCCUCGGCUGCACUGAAAAAAAUGGAGCACUUGGAAAACUCCACAGCAUCAUCCAAACGCCUCUUCCAGCACACACAGAGCACCGCGCACUCCGCGGCGGACAAAAGCGACGGGAACGCGUACCUGUACAUAUUAAUAGUCAUGUCUUUCUACGGAAUCUUCCUAUCUGGUAUAAUGCUGGGCUACUUCCGCUCCAAACGGAGAGAGAAGAGGAGGACCAACAUCUUCACGCGCCUCGUGCACGAGGAGGAGGAGCGGGAGUGGGGCGCGUUGCCCAAGAAGCACAGCCUCGACUUUCCCGUUUCUGUCUCGGGACUGCGCUCGGUGGAGGUGUCCCUGCCUUUCUGCGGUGACCAUGGCAACCACUUUGGAUACCUCCACUACGAGAGCGCGCUGCCAUCCCCGCUGGCGUGCGCGCUGUGCACGGAGCAGAGCAGCAUAAGCUCGCUGUGCUCCUCUGCGGACACGCGCUUCGCUAUAGAGGAGGAGUCGGACAGCGGCACGGCGGAGGGAUCGGAGGAGAAGGGAGGGUCCGAGAACAGCGCAGACGAUUCAGGCUGAAAACCGCCCAUGAGAAAAAAAAACUGUUACCCUAGGCGCCCAAAAAGAGGAGAAACAUCACCAGCAGAGACCACCAGGGGGUUCUCAGGCGUAUUCAUAUCACAGAGGCCCAAACAGUCCAACCAUCAGGAACGCUUAAAUCAUCUAUUUGCCAUAAAAACUCCCCAAACCAAAAAUAUCCAUGAUAUGAUAUCCAUAAAAGGGCUGAAAAGAUCAAACAAGACUAUGUGAAAUGUGAUAAAGCAUGCCAGUGAGUGCUGACCGUUUAGAUGGAGCAAAGGUCAACAAUAUAUAUAUUUUUUUAAUUUAUUGACCAUAAUUAGGAGAAAACAAAGUCACGUUUUUGUUUUCUUUUGUUUUAAAUGAUAAGAAAACCGUAGUUUGAGUAAAACCUAUGACUACAAUGGUCAUUUUAUGUUGUGCUAAAUGUUGGCUUCAUCCAUUGAUAGUGGUGUCAUCAUUCUAUUCAAUUCUAUGCAACUUUAUUUAUCCACACGCCAGUUGUAUACAGCAGCUUACCACCAGGGUCAACAUAUACACAAAAUUAUAGGUGUAGGCUGAAGUCAUUAAUGAAUACAUUACUCACAUACAAAUAUAUCUAAAACAAAAAAACACACACACAAAAUGGAGCUGAACACCAUUACUCUGUUGAUGAUAUGAUACUAGAAAGAAAGCACAAUUUACUAUUGUACUAUAUGGUUUCAUUGUGUGACUUUGACUUUGCCUCAUUUGGCGGUGACCCCUCCCUGCUGGAGCCCCCUCCUGACGCCACAGUGAGAGCCACCUCACUGGUUUGGACUGAUGACUCACCCUGCAGGGGCCCGAGUGGCUUUUUUUUUUUUUUUGGUAUUUGGACUGAACUUGACUCACUCUUGCCAACAUGGACUUGAGUAUUACCUGGAACCCACUUGAAUGAAACUGAAAAGUAUUUUUUGUAGCUUCAUGAUCGACACUGUUCACACACAGUCAGUGAUGUAGGUUUACUUGAUGAAAACGAUGCACUGUACAUACUGUUUGUAUUUGUCUCUUCAGAUGGCUUAGUUUCAGAUGAAGUCUUUGUAGUGUUUCUGAAAAAAAUAAAUGCUUAUGAAUUGAAAUAA